ACUUCCUUUUCCUAGGCAGCCUCGGAAGCCGCGUCGGCGGGGCUCUCUGAGCGAUGGGAGUGGGGAGAUGCCCCGUCACUGCUCUGCCACUGGCUGCUGCACCCGUGACACUCCCGAGACCCGCAACCGUGGCAUUUCCUUCCAUCGACUGCCGAAGGACAACCCCCGGCGAGCCAUGUGGCUGGAGAACUGUCGCCGGAAGGACAUGAGCGGCCAGGGUCUCUGGGACCCUGCCUCCAAGUAUGUUUACUUUUGCUCCAAGCACUUUGAGAAGACUUGCUUUGAACUGGUGGGCACCAGUGGUUACCAUCGGCUCAAGGAAGGCGCUGUCCCCACUAUAUUUGAGCUUCAUGCCAAGCCGCGGCGGAAAUCAAAACUAGGCAACUCCAGACUUGCAAGGCGCCAGCAGAAGCAGAGCUGCAGCCCUUGCCCAGAGGAGGAGUCGACCCCGUCGUCCAUGGACAUCUCGUGCUUCCCCGUGCAAGAGCUCCCGAGCCCCGUGGCCACUCCCACCAGCGGGGAGCCCCGAAGCCAGCCCGUGCUUCCCGGGCCAGAGCCAGAAAGCCUGGCCCCCCUCUCAGACAUUCCCCCGGACCAGUCGCCGGCUGCCACAGGGCAGGAGGAAGCCUCUCCCUCUCCGGCCCUCCCUGAGCCAGUGGGGGAUCCCUCCCAUCCCGUUUCCCUCUCCCUCUACAUGCUACGCCUCCCUCCCCCAGCCGGGGCCUACAUCCAGAACGAGCACAGCUACCAGGUGGGCAGCGCCUUGCUGUGGAAGCGGCGAGCCGAGGCAGCCCUCGACGCUUUGGGCAAAGCUCAGCGGCAGCUGCAGGCCUGCCGGCGCCGUGAGCAGCGACUCCGCCUGCGCAUCUGCGAGCUGCAGCGUGAACGGCGGCCACACGGUGCCGACGCCCACCGGCGGCUGAAGGAACACUUGGAGGUCUUUGAACUGCAACUACUCAACGACCUAGAGUGACUCUGGAUGGAUGGCGGCUAACCUUUCCCCCUGUUGGGCACCGUCUCAGCCGUCGGCUGCAUGACUGUUUCCCUUGGCCAAACCAUGUGUCGAGCAGCUUUGAGGUCCUCCUAACCGGCCCGCUGCUUGGCACUCACCCUCCUCUCCCCCGUCACCAUUUAUGUUUACUUGGUGUCUGUAAAUAAAGAUUGUUUUGUACG